UUUAAAAUACUGAACUAAAAACGGUGCAAUAUAUCUGCAACAUACGCUCUUUUAGUUCUUUUAUCAUGGCAAAUAGAUACACUUUUCGCAGAUUUCUGUACUGUAAUGUAUUGAUCAUGAUUUGUUGGGCCAGAAUCACAUCUGUAACCCAACACGUUUUGUAUAUGGUGUAUCUGAAAAACACAUAUAUGUAAUGUAAUGGAAUGCAUCUUCACCACACAUUUUACAGAUACACAUUUUUCAGUUUUUGAAUCUCUUGUAAACAUGAAUUACUGCUACAGAUUGUGGUAAAACAGAACCAAAAUGAUUAAAAAUCCCCCGGCAAUGUUAAAAUAAAUGCAUCAUAAUUCGUUCUGGGUUUGUCUGGAUUUGUUGGGGAUGAACCCACAGGGUUUCACUAUUUCCAAUUCACUCCCCCAGCCACACCGAGCGAGAAUCUGAACUGGGUUGGGAUCAGACCCAGAUCUAGGGCUUCUGGCUGAUGAACCAGUAACUUAUUAGUACGAUCUACCUCUCCGGGUGAUGAACCACUGGCAAGCAACACACAUCAUGCCUAUGGUUUUGGGAGUCAAUUGUAUCUGUAAAAUUUUGUCCAAUGUUUCAGAUUGUUCUCUUAAGUUCGGAUACUAGGAGGAGGAACCAAAAUGUUGGACAAAAAUUUACAAAUACAGUUGACUCAAAAAACCUCAGCCAAUAGAAAUUCUCAUUGUAUCAUAGUAUUUCUUGUUUAAAUUUAUAUUAUAUGUUAAACACAAAAUGCCCAUAUUUUUAAUUAGCCAGUCACAGCAUGCUUUCCACUCUAAAAUAUGUGCAAAAAGAGGGAAGCACCCAUUAAAAGAGAAAAGUUACUAACCUGCCUCUGACAUAUUGCUGUAGAUCUUGUAUCAAUAUCUGUAGAUUGUUUAUAGACAUCUAUAGAUGUGUACGCAUUUUCUUUGCAAAUACAAAUGUAGCAUUUCCAAUCAGUAUCAGAUUCUCUUGCUAUUUUAAACGAAUCCUUUUCCUUGGAUGUUAACUUUCUUCAUUUAAGGGCAUAUUUAGUUCUUUGAUUUCUUUUUUUAUUUGGGCUAUAAGUCCAUAAUGAGCGUUUUUAGUCUCGUUAAUGAUCCUUAUUUUGAGAAUCUCUUCCAAGUUCUAACUUUAAAACCGUGAAUUCAGUUUUGGCACUCAAAAUGCGUAGGUGUGAAUUUGUUAUGAAUGCUUCUGGGAGUUCCACAAGGCCUUUAGUUAAAUGGAAACAAUGUAUUCAAAAGUUUAAUGUUUUUGACUUCCUACAAGAAAUAGUAAGCAAGGUCCCGGACAUGGGUACUUCUCAUGCUACUGGUGGAGACAGGCAUGGUGCUAGGAGGAGAAAAGCUCAUGAGGAGGAUAAUGAAAGUGACGAUGAACUUAAGAGGCCUAAAAUGGUGGGUAGUUGUAGAGGACGUGGGAGAGGAAGGGGUAGAGGCAGAGGCAGAGGCAGGGGCAGAGGGGCAAGAGGCGGUAAAUCAAGUACAAAAGCUGUUACUGUAGAAGAGAAAUUUGAAGAGGACCUAGAUUUAUCUCCAGAACAUAGUGAUACACAGGUUAGAACCUCAGAAGAGCGUAUAGAAAAUAAUGCCGAGGCACAUGAAUCCAAAGAAAAUGUGGGUUCGGAUAGCACCAUAUUUGCAAGAGGUUUUGAUCUCAAUUUGGAUUUAGAUGAAAAUGGGGAUAUUGCAAUGAUGCAACGGAAUGAUAAACAGGAAGAACAAUAUCUUAGUUCAUCUCAUUCAGAUGGAGAUGAUGUAACUAUGCAACCCUUGCAACUUAAAAUGCAUUUCAGUAGAACUAUUGAUGAAGAUGAAGAUGACUAUGACAAUGAUGAUGUAUAAUGUACCAUGGCUUUUGAAGCACAUGUAAAUAGGUGUUUCUAAAGCCAUACUUAUUUAGAUUUUAGAUUUUAGAUUUACAAAUGUAAGACUGACAGUCUGGUUUUAACAAUCUAGUAAUGCCCUAGGAUCGUAAAAUGGUAGAAAAGUACAGCAGAAGGAAACGAUGAUUAACUGUAAGCUAUGACACAAUCUAAUGCAAAGUUGUACAGAUUUGUGAGGUUCGAUUCUCACCA